GAAGAAAAAUGUGAAAAAUUGGGAAAAAAUAAAAGAAAAUAAAAAGCGGAGAUGACGUCAGACUGGUGUGGUGGAUUUACAUCCGGUCGAUGGCCAAUGAUGAGCAACAUAUUAGCGAUCGCAGCCGAGUUGAUUGAGCAGGAUCGAUCCUGUUUGUCCAGCAGCAGCUACACAACACAGCCGGCCGCCAUUGUGUCGAAUGAAUGAACGGACCACAAGCCAAUCACAGCAGCAGCAGCAGUGGCCACGGUUGUUGCAUCACGACAGCAACCACAACAACAACAACGACGACGACGGGCAGGGCCAGCAAGGAGAGUCUGCUGGGCCGGCGUCGUCAGAUCCAGCAGCAGCAACGGGAGGAUGAGGGCCGCCAUCCAUCCAAGAUGAUGACGACGCUGACAAUGCGACAGCAGCAACGCGCCAAAGCCAACGCCUCCUCCUCGUCCGUCCUCCACCCGCCGGCCCGCAACAAUUACGUCGAGCGACUCAGCGUCCAGCUGCCGUCGCCCGUCCAGCAGCAGCAGCCACAACCCGACGACGGGCAGACGGACAGCAACGACGACGAUGUUUUGCGACUAGUCAUCCACGUCGAAGAGACCCAGCCGGACGAGGAGGAAGAGGAAGAAGAGGAGGAAGUGAUCCAGCAGCAGCCACAAGUUUCACUCCGCCGGAAGACGAGCGGCUCCUCUUCUUCGUGGAGUCAGGAGAAUCGACGGACGCUCAAACACAUUGGCCGGCAGCGAUCAGCUUCGCUGGAAUUGAAGGCCGGAAUCAUCACGACCACUCCGCCGCCCAGGGGCGGUCCUCCUCCGCCGGAUUCUUCGCAUUUGUUGGAAGAGUACGCGAAAAAGAUUCCGGCCAGUUCCAGCCUUCCAUCACCUCCGCCGCCGCCUCCGCCGCCGUCGUUGGCCGAUCGAUUGAGCCCGACGUCCUCGCUGUCGUCGCAUCCGCACUGUCGCAUCCGCACCGCCGCCGGCGCCGGUGGCCGCUCGAACGCCGUCGUCAAGGAAUUCCGGCGCAGCUCUGAAUUGUUGCGUAACAUUUUGCUGAGCCUCUCGGCCUCGACGGCCGGCAGCCGACGCUCGUCGGACGGGUCCACUGUCAGCAGUCUCAGCACGGCCGCCCAUUCUCCUUCCGGGCCGCCUCAACAACCACCACAACAACAGCAACAACAACAGCAGACGACGUUUUACUCGGCCGCCGAAUCGACGUCUUAUUAUUCCAGCGCUUUGCAGGCCCACCGGAAGCGUCGGUGGACGGCCAGUGGCCCUCAGGAUCCGGCGGAUGCAACCACAACAACAUCCGUCAGUGGUGGUAGUGGUUCCGGGUUGUUGAUGUUGUUUGAGGCCAUCGCUUCGUCCAACUGGACGUUGACGUCGCAGUUGCUGGACAGCGGGUCGGUGACGGACGUGAACGCUCCGCUGAGCGACUCGAACGGCUACACGGCCCUGCACUGGUGCGCCGUCCAGACGCCUGUCCCCUGGCCGGGCGUCUUCCUCCUGCUGGAACACGGAUGCCGGGUGGAGCAGCGGGACAAGGACGGGACUCAGCCCGUCUUCCUCGUGCCCAACCUGCCCAGGAUCCAGCAGCAGCUGGUCAACGAUGCGGUCGACUACCUGGUCCGCGGCGGAGUCGACCUGCCCCAUCAUCCGCCUCCGUCCUCGACCUUCCAUCCGGCAUCCGCCGGCGGCGGUGGCGACCGGAUGCGCUGCGACGAUGGAGAGGAGGCCGAUCCUGACGAGGCCGAUCCCGUCCACGCCAAAUCCAGCGGAAUGGCUGGUGGUGGUGGUGUGUCCGGCCUGCUGGGCGCCCCCGGUGGAGGUGGAGCGGUCAACAACAUAUUCCGUCGGUUGCAGCAAAGCGCCAUCAUCAACCAGGCCGGCCAUUACCUCCACCAGCACUACCACCCCAAUGUCCUCCUGCCGGGCGGAGUCAACAAGAAAUCGCCCGAUCCCAACAACAUUUCACCGGCCUCUUCCGGCCCGACGUCUACCAGCAUCGACUACGACUCGUUUGAAUUCACUUCCAUCAAAUUGGCGGAAUUGACGGCCAAUCAGACGGCCCUGACGAUUGGCGCCUUGACCAGCAGCGACGGAAUCCAUCCGGAUGCGCCCACCCAUUCGUCCUCGUCGACCUCAUCGACCGAACAACAACAGCAACAACAACAACACUCUGGAUCAAAGUCGACGACAACAACAGCUGGAAGUAAAAGGGAAGAAUGGGCCCAGCGUCUGACUCGCUCGCUGUCCGUCCUGGUGAGGAUGGCGGCCAACGCCGAGUGUUUGCACUUGAUCCUUCCGUCGCUGUCGGAACACGUCGGCGUCUUUGUGCGGGCCCUGCAGGAGACCAACCACCUGCCCUGCCACUCCAUGAUGGCCACCUUCCUCCACAAUCUCCUCAAGUCGGCCCUGGAAACGUCGCUGAGUCCGUCAGGAACGGCCAGCCCGUCGACGAUGGACUCUGCGCUCAGCAAAUUACUUCAAGUGGGCGUCGAGUUUCUGGCCGGAUCGCACAGUGUCCAAUUCACCGGGCUGGUCCUCAUUAACAAAAUCAUCGACGUCUCCAUGGCCAGCACGUCCAGCACAACAACUACCACCACCAAUACCACGUCCCGGCAACAACAGCAGCAACAACAACAACAGCACCACGGCCUCAGUGAUAAGCGGCCGAAACGGCCCAGGAAAACCCACAAAUAUAAAUUGACUAGUGCCGGCCCGUCUCAAUCCUCGACGGCCCUUCUUCGAUCGAAGAAAACGACGUGCAAAAGUUAUUCCUACUGGAAGGAAAUGAUCCAGCAGCAGCAGCCGGCCAGCGGUGGCGCCCAGCAAAUGGACUCUGGCGUAGAUUCCAGUUCCAGUUCCGACUGUGCCAACAACGGGGUGACCCGUCUGCUGUCGGACAAGGUCCACGCCGGGACGGUGUUGAGUUUGGUGUUGAACGCCAUCACUCUGCACCGACGGGUGGUGGUUGGCCAGCACCAGCACCAGAGCAGCCGCUUCCGCUGCACGCCCAGCCUGCGCAUCCGCCAGUGCAGCUACCACUGCCUGCAGAUCCUCAGCGCCCGGCUCCUGCUCUACAUGGCCGGCUCGUCGGCCCUGUCCAGGGACCAGCUCAUGAAGGAGGCCCAGCUGCGCAUGAUGGUCGAGGCCCUGGACUACACGCUGGACCCUCAACUCCUCUGCCUCGUCAUCCAGACGGUGGCCCUGCUGGCCCUCCACUACCCCUACCAGCCGCUCCUGCUGGACUCUGGCAUCCCGGACGCUCUGACGCAGCUGAUUCUGCCGUCGGACGAGUGGUACUACACCAACCACACGACCAGAUUCUCCAGGAUCGUCAAACAUCACGCGGCCAGGGCCCUGGUCUACUUGGGGCUGGCCCGCUGUCUCGGCCCGCGCGUUUCCCUCUUUGAAUUUCAAGGAUCGGGCGGAUGGGAAAUGUGGGCGGAGCCUUCGCCGUCGCCGUGCUCUCUGACCCACCAGCCCAACAGCGUCAACGAGUCGAGCGAGGACAGUUACGUCAUGCAAAUGCUGACCAGUCCGGCGUCGGUUGUCCAGCAGCAGCAGCAGGCCGCCGCCGCCAGUUCGUCGUCGCCCGUCACGUCGCUCAAUCAUCCGACGGGCCAUCGGCAUCUGACGCCGUCGUCGGCUGGACCCGUCACGGUGGCCAUCAGCCCGGAAGAAGUUGCCAUGCGAAUGCUCGACUAUUACACGGGCGGAGACGACGAGGAAGUGGCCAAAGUGAUGACUUUGAACAGCCUGCCCGUCCUGAUCGAUCCCAUUAUCGUGCUGAGGUUGUUGCAUCACUGGAUCCUGUCACGCAAGGUUGUCCAUCAAGUGCAACCAUCCAAACAACAACAACAACAACAGAAGACAACCACCACCGCCGCCACCACCAGCCAAAAGAGGCCGGUGCUAGUCCGACGGGAACUUUCGCUGCCGGCCGACGAGCGAGUCAUCUCCCGACUGGAAGCCCAGCUACUCCCUCACGUGGACAUUUCGUUUGCCGAUGACGACGACGGAUCGAUGGAAGAGGUCCGGCUGGCCCAGCAGCAGCCCGAUAAGGAAUCGAUGAAAAAGGAGGAAGAGAAGGAAUGCCAGCGGCCAUCAACAGAUGAUGCCGGGCAACAAGAAGAAAUGGCGGCCACGGCCACCACGGCAAGCGGUGGCCGUUUCAAUCCGACCGAGGCCAUUUUGGCCACGAUGCAAUUGUUGCCGCUACCCUGUGCCAAAGUCAUGGCCGCCCGCUCUGGCCAGUCACUGGCCACUUUUAUGACGGCCGGCGAGAUUGAGCGCAACGUCUCGCUGGUCCGCUCCUACGCCGGCGGCGGCCAUAAGAAGACGGACAGCAAUUUGGCCGUUUUGGCGUUGCGACGCAAAUCCAAGUCUCAGAUGGGCCUCAACGACGCUCACGGGCGAGGAUCGCCGGCGGCGGCGGCGGCGGCCACAAACCUGUCGGUCCGCGGUGGUGGUGGCCGUCCGGCAGCGGCGGCCGUGCCGCUCUGCGACCAGCUGGACGAGCUGCGCUCGUUUCAGCGUCAAUUGCAGAAUUUCCCGUCGCUGAGCGAAUUGCAACGCCACCCGCUGGUGCCGCCCAGCAGCAGUCAGCACCAGAAUUAUUGGCUGGCCACCGGCACUUCCUCCUACUCGAAUAACCGGCGCUCCCUGUCGCCGGCCACGUCCAGGCGUUGGCUACUGACGGACCAGCAGUGCCAGCAAGGUCUGUCGCUGGCCAACGUGAUGAUCCAGCAGCCGUCCCGCCAGUCGCCCAUUAGUCGCUCAACUUCCCAUUCCAGCAGCGACGAGAGCCGAUCGGCCGGCGCCACCACCACCAACGGCCGCCACCAGCACAACACCGAGUCCUACGCCCUGGCCAUCCUUCAAAUUGUCCAGGAAUCGAUGGAGCAGGGCAUUGUCAGCGUCCGUGGCAGCGAAUCGACGUGCCGGGAAUUGGACGAGAUGCUGGAAUCGAUCAGAACGGCGGCAGCGGUGGCGGCGACGGCCAAUCAGAAUAUGAACGGUGGCGGUGGCGCCAGCAGCAGCAGCGACUCUGCUCCGGCCGGUUCUCAUUGCGUCGUCGGCCGUCAAGUCGACGAUAUCCGAAACCGAUUCAUCUCCCCCUGGCUCGACGGGAAUAAAGGAGCGGAGAGCGCCGAGAUUGUCCUGGACGCCGAAUACCAUCAGUUGCAGCGAUUGGUGACGACGGGAGCUUUGCCGUGCAGCAAAGAAGAGGCCGCCUCUUUGGCCGCCAUCCAGCUGCGAUUACAAGAGUGUUUGCCCAGCAUCAAAUUGCCCAGCAGCUCCAAGUUUUUAUCUCACCAGUCGUGCCACAACAACAGCAGCAACCCCAACCAAAACAACAAUCAGCACGUGCAGCAGGAAACUACAACAAGACUGGCCGGUACCGGGCCAGAAGCGACUGCAGCCGGAGGAAGCGCCCAGCUGCUUCAUCUUCCGGCCGGCGGAGGCAGCAGCAGCAGCAGCAAGGACGACGUCGUCGGAUCUGGCGUCGUUGUCGUCGCUGUGCCCAGUGUCUCGUCGAGUGCGUCCGGCGUCCGCUCGUGCGAUGAUUUGCUCUUCCACUCGGCCGGCGAUUUAGCCAGUCGAGGCCGUUUCGGCGGCGGGGUCACAUCCACCACAGCCGCCUUGGCCGUCCCCACCAGAUAUUCGCUGUCCCAGCAGCAGCAGCAGCCGAAUCGGCGCCCGUCCAUUUUCCGUCGCUGCUACUCGUCGGAGAGCAAUGCCAUCGUGGUGCCCAGCUGGUUCUCCUCUUCAUUUGGCACUCCGUCCGGCAGCACUAGCGGUGCAGCAGCAGCAGUGCAACAACAGCAGCAAAGUGCUGGGUCGACGGAAUUGUUGGCCGCCAGCAGCUCGUAUUCAUUGGCCGCCGUCAGUCAGCAGCAGCAGCAGCAGCCGGCCGAUGUGUGUGCCGGCAAUGCCGUGCUGGCCGACGCCUUGGUCGAUUGUCUUCCGCCUUAUUACUGGGAGGCCAAGCACAUGCCCCGUCUCGUCAAAGAGACUAAAAGGAAGUUGUUUCACUCGUCCGUCUACGAGUCGGAGGCCCAAUUGAAGCGGCUCUACGUCCAGACGUGCCAGCGGCUGCCGGCCUUCAAUUGCCACCUGUUUCACGUCCGAGAAAUUGUCAGCAAUUUGCACACGAAGAAGAAGUCGAAUCGACUCUUGGCUCUCGGGCCGUCGUCCAUCACGCUGCUGGAUAGCAAGACGAGGAUGCUGGCCAAGUCGCAGUCGACUAGCGAUCUCAUGCAGUGGCAGUUGGGUGGCGGGCGGUCGCACGAUCGAGUGACGCUGGAAUUCCGGGCCACCCGCUGGAACGUUGUCGUUCCCUCGCCUUCGUCGCUCCAGGAUCUCGGGGCGGCCCUGUGGGACUUGCAGCAGCACCUCAAUCCGGCCUACCCUGGCAGCACGGGCGACGGAUCUGAUCCUUCCGGAUUGGGAAUGGGCGGAGGUGGACAACAGCAUCCGCACGAGAACGUCAACCGGACGGGCUCGGCUUCGUCUUCGUCGUCGCUGUCCGGUUCUUAUUCCUCGUCGGCUCUUCCACGCCGGAUGCUGGCCCUUCCGCCGUCGUUUCCGGAUGAGCUCAACAUCCUCCAGCGGCUGCUGCCCUUCCCGGAGGAGGUGGCCCUCAAGUUGACGGAAACGGAAUUCCAACUCUUCAACAGCGUCCCGCCAAUCGACUACCUCCGCUACUGCACCACCGAUCUCACGGCCCGUCACCACCACCACCACCAAGCCUCCGCCGCCGGACAAAGUGCUGGCCAGCAGCACCACCAACCCUCGGGCCAUCACCACCACCAGCAACACCAACCGUUUUCGUCGUCACAGCAACAAUCGACCAACGCCCAGCCGGCCGAAAAUGGAGUGCCUUCCCUCAUCCGGCGAUUCAAUGAGGUGAGUUCUUGGGUGACGCAUCUGAUUGUCUCGCCGCCCAGUCACGACGAACGCAAAGCCGUCCUCUCCUGUCUCAUUAGGACGGCCGUCAUCUGCUGGAACUUGGGCAACUUUCACGGAGCAACCGAGAUCGUCGUCGGACUCAGAUCGGAUAAACUGAAGCCGUUUUGGCUGUCCAUCACGGAGAAGGAGAAAUUACCUCAGCUGGACUUUUUGGCCAGCGCUCUGCUGUCGAGACAGACGAGUGACGAGUACAGACGGGCCCUGGCCCGCGCCCUUCGUCUCAAGUCGAAAAACACGACCCGACGGGUCGUCCCGUUUUUCGGCGUCUUCAUCAGGGACCUCAAAGCCACGCUCUCGCAGAAUCCCAGCAUCAUCGUCGUCUCGUCCGGCGAAAAUGCCGUGCCCGUCUUGAGGCACCUGUCGGAAAUUGGUCGGGAGGAUCAAUUUUUGGCGUUCCACGGGACGGGCGGACUUUUGAAUUUGGAUAAAAUCCGGGCCGCCCAAAAAGUGUUGGAAAAAAUCGCCCGCUACCAGCGCCCGUCGUCGUCGUCGACGGACAAACGCUCGAAACGGACGCGCAGUCGAAGUGACCAGAGUUUCUGUUCCAGCGGCGGUGUCGGCGGUGGUGGCGACGGCCAGUGUUCCAGCAGUGACAGUUGGUCGGACGGGACGACCAGCGGCGACGACCAGCGCUGCCCAACGCGACGCAACAGUUCGGGGUCCAGCAACGGCGAGUUGUGGGACUGGUCGGAGCGAUCCCUGCGCCGGCCCAAAGUGUCGGCCAACGCCGCCGCCGGCGGAGGCGUCACCGGGACGGACCACCGAGUGACUCUGUUUGAUUUGUCGUGCAACGGGGCCGGCCUGGACUUGAGGACCAUCAAAGUGCUGACGAACGGGACGACGGUGAUCCACUGCGAGGCGGACGGAUCGCGGGGUGUGCCCGUCUUACUGCGCCUGGAGCGCAGUCACGGCACUCUGACGUGGAGCCGGACGCCCUGGAACGGCGGCAACGUGGCCGGCAGCAGCAGCAGCGGCGGCGGUGGCGACAACUCGUCGCUCUUCUCCAACCCGGACGUGGACAUCACUACUGGGCUCAAACUCAAGUACGGGCUGGGCAGCGGGCCGUCUCCACCGACGGGUGGGGCCGGUGCAAUGGGUGGGGCCAGCGACGGCGAAGUUUGCGGUGGCGGAAUUGAGGAAGGAUACCUGGACGUGGCCGCCUUGAAGGAAGUGGCCCUGUCGUGUCGCGAAGGCGAUUUCAUUUCCAUUGCCCGUCGCUACGCCAUUCCGACGCUGGCCGACGGGCCGUGGUGCAUUUCCCUGGUGUACGGCCGGAAUUUGAGUGACAACCGGGUGACGGUCUUUGUCUGUUCGCCGCUGGUUGCCCGUCACUGGGCCAGCUUUUUCCAAGUGGCUCUCCAGGCCGUCCGCAGGCAACAAAAUGGCGGCGACCGUCGACUCUUCUGGCUCAAAGAACAAUACCUCCAGCUCUAUUACAUGAACGGAAUUUGCAGCGGACCGAGGCAAUCGGACGCCCUGAAACUGUUUGGUGGACGGGACGUGUUCCAGCAACAUCUGGCCCAGUCUGCCGGCUUAGGCAGCGGCAGCUUGAUGACGGCCGAGCUGGGCGGACGUGGCAGUCCGGCCUCUGCUCACAAGAAGAAACGUUCCAUCGCCGGAAUCGCCCUGGUUGGCGGCAAUAAAGACAAGACGUACCUGAGUCACCCGAGUUCGCCCGUCUCCACCGCCGGACUGGCCGCCUCCAACGUCACCCCCAACGACGUCUGCCUGCCGUGCAUGCCCAGCCCCAAGAACCGGAGGCUGGAAUGGGCCAUGACCAACAACGAAAUGACGGAAAGUUUCGGCUCCUCUGACAGCCUGGACAUGCUGGCCGGACCUCCACGAUCCAGCGCCCAGCCAUCGACCCGUCUCAACCUCAGCUCGACGACGACGAUGGGCGGUGCCGAAUUUUCCAGCCAAAAUUACUUCCUGCCCGUCCGCAACGACACGAAGCGACUGACAUUCCCCGAGACGGCCGCCCUGUUCCAGUCGUUCAACAUCGGCAUGCGCAAGGACCUGAUGGACCUUUUCUGCGAGUGGUCGAUCCCCACGCCGGCCAGUGUCAAAUCGGCCGCCGGCAGCGCUUGCCCGUCUUCGUUGCCCGGCGAACGUCUGGCCAGCGAAGUUUCGCCGGCCCUGGGCCGCGUGGUGACGACGACCAACUUGAUGCAGUUCAUGGAAUCGCAGCAGCACGAAUCGUGCCCGCUGGAGGCGGCCAAGGAGCUGAUUUUGCGCUUCGAGACGGACCCUGUGCUGCGCUCUAGCGGGCCGCCGCUGCUCUCGUACGAGGGUUUCGCGGCCUUCAUGAACGACGCGGCCAAUUUCGCCUUCCGCAGUGAGCGGCUGACACCUAGCGACGAGGACAUGCACUACCCGCUGGCCCACUAUUACGUCGCCUCCUCUCACAACACGUACCUGACGGGCCAUCAGCUCAAGGGCGAAUCUUCGGUCGAGCUCUACAGUCAAGUGCUGCUGACGGGCUGCCGCUGCGUCGAGCUGGACUGCUGGGACGGUGACGACGGCCAGCCCAUGAUCUACCACGGCCACACGCUGACGACGAAAAUUCCAUUCCGCUCGGUGGUGGAGGCCAUCCAUCGCUCGGCUUUCGUCACCUCACCUUAUCCGGUCAUCCUGUCGGUGGAGAACCACUGCUCGGUCCAGCAGCAGGCCAAGAUGGCCCAGAUCUUCCAGUACGUUUUCGGCGACCGGCUCGUGUCGCGCUUCCUGUUCGAGUCGGAUUUCUCGGACGAGCCGCGCCUGCCCAGUCCCAGUCAGUUGCGCUACCGGAUCCUCUUGAAGAACAAAAAGUGGCACACGGAAAUUCCGCCCAUGGUGGCCAGUCUGCCCUCCACCGUCAAUGUCGUCAACGUGGUCAACGGGCAGGUCGCCAACAAGGUCCUACCACCGGGACGGACUGGAGGAGGACGGGUAGCCGCCUCCACCGCUGAGGCUAGAUCUUGUCCGGCUCGAGCCGGAAGCGUGGCGUCUUCCACCGUCAGCGCGGCCGGAUCGCUGAGCGGCGACGUGAGCGACAACAACGAGGACGACGACGACAACAAUCAGACGGACAACUACCACCACCACCACAGCAGCAGCAGCCGGACGGGCGGCGGCGGCGAUCAUCAGUUGGCCGGAAUUCCCAUUGUCGUCGCCGGAAGCAGUUACGGGUCGGAAGCGUCGGCCCCUGGCACUCCUCAGCUGGUCAACUGGAACAACGCCCACACGCCCACCCACCGGGCCAGCUCUGACACGGAAAAGAGGCGACGACGGCCGGCCUCUGUCCCGCUGCGCAAGUCUCUGUCGCAGGGCGGAGUGCCGGAAGCGGAUCAAGUCCACCUGCCUCGAGGCAAUGGCGGCAGCACCUGCAGUCCGGGCAGCCUGGAGGAGGAUUUAUUGCUGGACGGCUGCAACCAGCAGCAACAGCAGCCGGGCAGCAGCAGCAGCAAAAUGGCCAAUAGCAGCAGCAAGAAAUCGGCCAACGUCGGCGGAAGUCAAAUCGCCAAGGAACUGUCGGACCUGGUCAAUUAUUGCCAGGCCACCAAAUUCCGGGGCUUGCGAUGCCUUCCGUCCACUUCGGCCGCCGGACUGCGCCAGCCCGGCGUCGCUGGCGGACCGCUCAAAUCGUCUCCGCAAACGUCCAGCAGCUUGUCGCGCAAGUGUCGCCAUCCCGUGUUCGAGUGCUGCUCCAUCAACGAGACGACGGCCAAGAAGCUGUGCCGGAAGCAGCCGACGUCCAUUUUGUACCACACGGAGACGCAGCUGCUGCGGACCUAUCCGGCCGGAAUGCGGAUCGACUCGUCCAAUUUCAAUCCGGUGCUCUUUUGGUCGUUUGGCAUCCAGAUGGUGGCCCUCAACUACCAGACGGAAGACGCGGCCCUCCACCUCAACACGGCCCUCUUCGAGCAGAUGGGCCGCUGCGGCUACGUCCUCAAGCCGGCCCUGAUGCGCGACCGCACCCACGUCAUGUACCGGCGCUUCAACCCCUGGGGCAAGGAAUUUGACGGCCUCCACGUCCUCCACGUCCGGCUGACCAUCAUUUCCGGCCAGUACGUUUGCCCGGCCAACCCGUCGGCCGGCAGUCCGCUGCUGGACGUUGAGAUGGUGGGCAUCCCGGCCGACUGCGUCAAGCACAAGUCGAAGAUGGUCCAGCGCAACGGCAUCAAUCCGCUUUUCCACGACAAGUUUGAGUUUACGGUUCUCUUCCGCGAUUUGGCCUUCCUCCGGCUGACGGUGACGGACGUGGCCUCCAACCACGUCACGGCCCAGCGGGUCAUUCCCAUCAACUAUUUGAGGCCCGGCUACCGGCACGUCCGGCUCAACAACACGCAGAACCAGCCGCUUCCGCUCUCGUCGCUUUUCAUCCACACGAAAUUCGAGGAGGAGGGGUACGACGUGAUCCACGGCGGCCAGUCCAGCAAACCCGUGCCGGCCCUUCCGUCUGGGCUGACGGUCCCGCCCGUCUUGGCAGGAGGCGGCGGCAGCGGAAGCAACGAGCCGGACUCGUCGGCCCUGGCCGCCGACGAGACGGACAAGAGUCCGACGGCCCUGACGAGUCCCAGUCAGGAGGAGAAUCCGGCGGAAGGAGGGGCCGUCAAGCGGCGCAUGUUUUUCCUGAUCGUUUACGGCGUCCAGAACGUGGGUGGUGGAGCCGGUGCCCAGGCCACGGCGCCCAGCCGCAACAACGAGGAGGAGCCUUACGUGAUCCUGAAGGUGACGCAGGAUUGCACGUCGGAGACGGUCAUCCGCAAGGCCCUAAGCAAAUUGCCGCCGUCGGCGUCCAGCGCCAGUACGCCCGUCCACCUCCAGCUGCACGACUACCUCCUGCUGGAGGAGGUGAACCGCGGCUGGGAGCCGUCGGACCGGCUCCUGCCGCCGCUGCAGAGGAUCCUGGACGCCCAGGAGCGGCCGCUGGAAGCGCAGGCCAAGUGGCGCGGUGAGGGCCGCUUCAUUUUGCGGCGGAUAGGCGACGAUCCCAGUUCCAGGGCGUGGCUUUCGUCCAUCCUCAAUUCCAAUCAGAAGAUGAAAUCCCGCAAGAUCAGCAAAGUGGCGGUGCGCCCGGAAUCGCAGUGCAAAGUGGAGAUGAAGGAGCGGAGCCGAUUGGAGGACGAGGAUUCGGGCGAGGACGACGACAAUGAAGAGGAGGAGGACGACGACGACGUUGGGCUGGCCGAGGAGGAGGAGGAAGAGGAGGAGGAGACGUUCCUGGUCUGCGUCCACAACGUGUCGCCCGAAAUUCCUUACGCCAUCCUCAAAGGCCGCGUCACCGACACGGCCAAGGACAUUCUCCUCCAGGCUCUUCUCAAAGCUCGAAAACCGCACGAGCUGGAACGUUACGUCCUGGUGGAAGAACGUGACCUGGGCCCGUCGCUGGGCCGGCACAGACGGGUCCUGAGAGACGACGACAAUGUUCACCAGGUGCAAGCCAGGUGGACGACACUGGGCCGUUUCGUGGCCGUCGAGCGAGGGCGCAUCCGGGCCCGCAACGGAAACGUCGACUGGAACGACAAGAUUGGCCCGACAACGCCGGAAAUGAGCCGGAAUAAAACUGGGGCCAUGCUCCGGGCCUCCCUCUUCACCCGGCGACUCCAGGCCAGCACAAAGAACCCAAAAGCCCAGGUGAAGGAGAUGUACAGCGAUCCAGGGCUGGGCCAGAGCGGCCGAUCCCGCGAGCGCAUCCGCUCCGAUUCCAGUUUGGUUCGCGAUGGAGUGCAGGCGUCCGGCAGCCACGCCCACGCCCACCACCACCACCACCACCAGAUGAAGAGCCCGUCGUCGCGCGACACGCUCAGCAGCCUGGAACAGUUUUCACCGCAGCGGACGGCCUACUCUGAAGGCGAGUGGAACGCCGACGACACGGACGCCGAGGCCGACAGCGGCGGAGGCGGCGGAGGCGGCAACCAGGGCGACUGGGAAUUGCGUUCCACCGUGGCCAAAUUGAAGAAAAUGUCGCUGAGAACGUUCCGUCUCUGGCGAUGAUGGACGACGCACAGAAUUUCAAACAAAAACAAACAAAAAAGCACAAAAAUUUCAAAAAACCAAUUUUUUGUUUAAAUUUUUUUUAAAAAAGGAAAUUCAAUUAGAUCUCACAAUCCUACCCCCCGUUUUGAUGUCGUCGCCAAAUCACCGGAUAUCCCGUUCACUUCCGUUUCUCUAUUAAGCAACAAUCCACAUUGGACUAUCUAGACAUUUUUGGGAGGAUAUGUAUAGCGGUCACACAAUAAGGUCACACUCCUUUUCUUUUUUUUUAAUUUUAAAUUUUAUUUGACACAUUGGCCGUUUGUCGAGUUGGUUUAGAUUGUAUGAUUCUAGUCCAUUUGAAUUCAAUAUAAGACACAGACCCCAUUCUUUCCGGUCUUGUACAUAAAUAUUCCUCCCAUCCGUGGACUUUGAUAUAAUUGCCCGAAUUUUUCGCGCACCAACUUUUUGUGUCUCUUGUCCGGCUCUCGAUAAUUAUUUGGAUUUUUCAUUCGCUAAAAGAAUUGAAGGAAUUUGAAUGAAAUUUUUCCUUUUUUUUUUUUUUUUUUUUUUCGUACGAUCCCGUCAGUUUUUUGUUUUAAUUUAAAAAUUUGCCAGGCGAUUCGUGAUUUCCUUGUGUGAUGAACGAAUGAGGUAGGAGGAAGAACACCCCCAAAAAGUUGUAUCAUAUAAAAACAAAAAGCUUUUCCUUCCCCCGAACAACCUGCGCAAACAUAUCCAAAAACAAAAUUCAGUUGAAACAAGAAAAAACCAAUUUUUGUAUACAAUCCCCCCCCCCCCCCGAUAUUGUUCAUGUACAUCUUCCCUCCCACCCCACCCCUCAACCCCGUAAAUUGUUUUUUUGACCGGCCCCAAAGUUAAUCUUUUAAAUUCUGUAAUAAUUGUGUCCAUCUCGUGUCGCCCAUCUGAUGUGAAUUUUUACUGAUUGACGCGCGUCCAAAAUAAGCAAAUUGACUUGGCGAAAAGUGACAAGUCGGUUUCUCUUCGUUACUAUGUAAACCUCUCAGUGAGUUUCGAUAUAGUAAUAAAUCGGUUUGAUAGCUAA